AUGGUUAAUUUCACUGUUCCAGAGAUGCGUCGUCUUAUGACGAAGAAUAAAAACAUUAGGAAUAUGUCGGUUAUUGCCCACGUCGACCAUGGCAAGUCAACUUUGACAGACUCCUUGGUAUCGAAGGCUGGUAUUAUUGCCGAGUCUCGAGCGGGUGAUGCUCGGUUUACCGAUACGCGCAAAGAUGAGCAGGAUCGUUGUAUCACAAUCAAGUCAACAGCUAUUACCCUUUAUAAUGAGAUUAGCGGUGAACAGCUUGAACUUGUGCGAAAAAUCCAGCCCGUUGAUGUAGACGAAUCAGGAAAGGAUGAAUGUGGUUUUCUAAUCAAUCUUAUCGACUCACCUGGUCACGUAGACUUCUCAUCCGAAGUUACAGCUGCUUUACGAGUUACUGAUGGCGCUCUUGUUGUUGUUGAUGCCGUCUCAGGUGUCUGUGUCCAAACCGAGACUGUCUUACGACAAGCUAUUGCUGAGAGAAUCAAGCCUAUUCUUUUCUUAAACAAACUCGAUAAGGCUUUGAGCACUAUGGGGCAAAAACCCGAGUCUCUCUACCAGCACUUAACUCGUGUCGUUGAAAAUGUAAAUGUUAUUAUUGCUCAAUUUGGGGAGCGGGAUGGGCCAAUGGGUGAUGUGACCGUAGAUCCUGCAAAAGGUACUGUUGGCUUUGGAUCUGGCCUUCAAAGCUGGGCUUUUACUCUAAAUACCAUAGCCUCUUUCUACGCAAAGCGAACUGGUAUGGAUCCCGCUAAGUUGCUACCUCGUCUUUGGGGUGACAAUUUCUUCAAUAAUAAUGAAAAGAAAUGGCGGAAGACCAAGACUGUCGAGGAGGAUGUGCGCGGGUUCGUGCAUUUCAUUUUGGAUCCAAUCCAAAAGAUUUUCUUAGCCGUGAAAAAUGAAGACCAAGCGUUGAUCAACAAAAUGAUAAAGGCCGUGGAUGUUCAACUUACUUCCGAGGAGCGGGAGCAACCUGUUAAAACGUUGCUGAAGACCAUCAUGCACAAGUGGCUGCCUGCUGGUGAAUGUCUUCUUGAAAUGAUCUGCAUUCAUCUUCCUUCUCCAUUCGUAUCUCAAAAGUAUCGCAUGGAGAUGCUUUACGAUGGUCCUAAAGAUGAUGAGGCAGCUCUUGGUAUUGCCAACUGUGAUCCCAACGCUUGCCUGAUGAUGUAUGUCAGUAAGAUGGUUCCAACCUCUGAUAAGGGUCGCUUCUAUGCGUUGGGUCGUGUGUUCUCUGGUACUGUUGCUACCGGUCAAAAGGUUCGCAUUAUGGGUCCAAAUUACGUGCAUGGCAAGAAGGAAGAUCUUUUCGAACGUUCCAUCCAACGUACCAUUUUAAUGAUGGGUCGUUACACUGAGGCUAUUGAAGAUGUUCCUUGUGGUAAUAUCUGCGGUCUUGUUGGUGUUGAUCAAUUCUUGGUAAAAACUGGCACCAUCACCACUUUUGCUGGUGCACAUAAUAUGCGCCAGAUGAAGUUUAGUGUCAGUCCUGUCGUCCGCGUUGCUGUUGACUGCAAAAAUCCCAGUGAUUUGCCCAAGCUUGUCGAAGGUCUCAAGAGGUUGGCUAAGUCGGACCCUAUGGUGCAAAUUACCACUGAAGAAUCUGGUGAGCAUAUUAUCGCAGGUGCUGGUGAGCUCCAUCUUGAAAUUUGUUUGAAGGAUCUUGAAGAAGAUCAUGCCUGUAUUCCAAUUAAGAAGUCUGAUCCUGUCGUCUCUUAUCGUGAAACUGUAACCGCUGUCUCAUCUCAACAGGUACUCGCCAAGUCUCAAAACAAGCACAACAGAUUGUACUUCCGUGCAGAACCACUUGAUGAACAAUUGACGGCUGAUAUUGAUGAAAAUGUUGUCUCUGAAAAGCAAGACCCCAAGGCUCGUGCAAAAGUCCUGUCUGACACUUAUAACUGGGAUCCGACUGAUGCCAGAAAGAUUUGGUGCUUCGGACCUCAUCGUACUGGCCCCAACUUGGUUGUUGAUGUGACUAAGGGUGUUCAAUAUCUUAACGAUAUCAAGGAUAGCGUAGUUGCCGCUUUCCAGUCCGUGACAACUGAAGGUGUUCUUUGCGAUGAAAACAUGCGUGGUAUUCGUUUCAAUGUUGAAGAUGUCGUUCUUCACGCUGAUGCUAUCCACAGAGGUGGUGGUCAAAUUAUUCCUACUGCCAAGCGUUGUUUCUACGGCGCUGUUUUGACUGCUUCUCCUGCUAUUCUUGAGCCAGUGUAUUUGUGUGAGAUUCAAACUCCUGAAGAUGCUGUAGGUGGUAUCUACAGUACCUUGAACAGGAAGCGUGGUGAGAUUGUUAGCGAAGAGUGUAUCCCAGGAACACCAAUGUAUAUUGUUAAGGCCCAUCUCCCUGUCAAUGAAUCAUUCGGUUUUACUGGUGAGCUUCGUGCGAACACAAGUGGUAAAGCUUUCCCUCAAUGCCAGUUCGACCACUGGCAGUUAUACCCUGGUAACCCAAUGGAUCCAUCCAGUAAGGCUGGUGUGCUUGUAGCUAGCAUUAGAAAGGCCAAGGGCAAACCGGAAGCUCUUCCAAGCCUCGAUAACUUUAUCGAUAAAUUAUAA